GAAUUAUUUUGUUGAUUUUGGUUGAGUCUACUUUGACCUUUUUCUCCAUUCAUUUCUUUUCUCAGCGCUGCGCGUUUGGUUUAUUCUCAUCAUGAUUUUCACUCAAGAUUUAUUAGCUUUAUUAUUCCUUACUCUUCUCGCUCCCGUAAAUGCUUUGCCUAAGAAAAAUGCUGCUUCUUCCACAACUAGUACGACAAAGGCAGCCACAUCUGGCGGUAUCACAACAGCAUCGGAUGGAUCGAUGAUCUUAGAUAAAACUGUUCAAAUCAAUGGUUUGCCCAUUCGCUACAAAAUCAGUGCUCCGGCCAACAUGUUCACCUCAGCAUCAGGUGUAACUGGUGGUACGGCAUCAGCCAACAGCACCGGAACAGCGGGUCUCAACGUUCUCCUUCAUGGAGAUGGAGGAACUUCCUUCUUUGAUUUUCCCAAUCAAGCAGUUCAGAAUAAUCUUAUGGGCGUCGUUGUUCUCGCUCCCAAUAAAAACAUGUUUUGGGGAGGUGGAUCAGGUCUUCAACGUACGGAUGGCGUCGCCCAUGCUGCUGCAGUUAAUUCACUCAUUCAAACACAGCUUUCAAAAGAUGUAGCAUUUGAUAAUACCAAUGUCUUCUUUACGGGUGUCUCAGGGGGUUCGCUACUUCUUUCUGGAUUCUUCAUGCCGGCUUUCGGAGCGCAGUACAAGACGGGAGUUUUGUUAAAUUGUGGUGCAUUGACACCACAGGUGGCGGUUGUGGACCCGGAUACGUUGGUGAAGAAUACGAAGAUUCAUUUUCAGAGUUCGAAAGAUGAGUUGACGUUGUUGCAACCAGCUAUUCCAGAUGCAGUUGCUGCGUAUGAGAAAUUGGCUACGGGGGCGGGAAUGACAGCAGAUCAGAUUGGGAGCUUGCAGACAGUGGAUAAUACACCAAAUGGAGGGGGCCAUUGUGGAUUUGAUAACAAAGCCUUCGUAUCAGGAGUUCAAUUGAUGGCAACGAAUUAUGCUAAUGUUAUGGCCGCGAAUGCUUCAGGUCAGGUUACGGGAAUUGGAAAUGUUUUGAAGACGGUGGUGGGAAAUGAAAAAUUAACCUUUGUAACUGCUAAUUGAUGGAGCGGCGAUUGAGGAAUCAAGGGUAGAGCCCUUUGAUAGAGGGCAAGACAAUGGGUGGGGAGUUUAUGAACUGUCGGAUAAGUUUGUCUGCAUCGUGGCUGGACAAAGGAACGAGAUGGCUUUGGCGUUUAAAGAUAUACCCAAAAUUGAGGGCUAUGCAUACCUGUUGAGAUAUUCUGCAUUUUUUCAGCUAUUAAAUUUAUUAGUUAGGGCAUCAAAAAUCAAUUUUCUUGUGACUUUCCA